AUGACGGAGGAAAUGGAAUCCACUGAUGUUCCCCCGCCGCUGGCUGCGCCUGUAGAGGAGGAAGCUGAGGUUGUUACUACUACCACUCCUACUACGACUACGACUAUGACUACACCUCCUCGACAAUCACAACCACCACUCCUGCUACCACAACCACCCGUUGCUCCAACUCCAACUCCUCAAUCGCCAGCUCUCGAUGCUGCUACGAUUCCUCAAUCCGAUGUACCAUCUACACCAAAAGAUGAUAUUUCUCGAAAACGAAAAUCGUCGGAAAUACCAGAAAUAUCACUACUCCUUCAAUCACCUGAAAAACGACGAAAAUCCGUCACCGAAGAUGUGAAGCCGACUAUUCCAACUCCUGAGCUUCUAGGCAUACAAAUGGGAACUGGGACGGGAAUUGGAAGUGAUGAUAUAGUUAAUGAUUUCCAAUUGGGUGGUCCUCUACCGUCAACGCCGCCAUCAAAUACCUACAUUCCCCCCGCCACGACACCGCCAAUGCCCCACCAUACCUCGAUGCCGCCACCACCUUUCCCACCUACGUCAGAUACACAAAUAUACCCUCCACCUCCACCAUCAAUACAUAACCCUCUACCACCAACGAUGCCAUUGAGCCGGGAGAACCUGCAAUUUAGUGCUACCGACCUUCCGAAGGAUGACGACGGGAUGAUGCGCUGGCUCGCCCAUCGCGUACGUGAUUCUGCAAUUUUGACGAUGGAUGGUAGUGUAUCUGGGCUUUCACCUGAGAAUGCUGGCGAUUCGGAUCCCGAGACUAGAGCGGAGAGGGAACGGGUUCGAGCAGAAAAUAGAGAGAGGAAGAAGAAGUGGAGAGAGGAGAAUAGUGAUAGGAACAAAGAUAAUGAUCUCCGCGGCCGUGUUUCCCGUCGUGCGACCAAACUCUUCGGCCCAAACCCAUCCGACCAAAAACGUAUCUGGAUGGACGAAGAAUUCAACCGUCGAAAAGUCAAACGAGAGUUCAAAACCCAAUUGAAGAAGAACGAAACACCCGGUUCCUCCUGCUGGAAUAGCAAUGAUGACUUUUGUAGCGACAAUCCAAGUCAGGUUAUGGCGGGCGUAUUGACGAAUCAAGAAGGUGCAGCGGAGAACUUGAGAAAUUGGAUCGAGAAUGGAGAGAUUGAUUAUGAGACCUGGAAUGCGGCCUGUCAGAGGCUUUGGGGCGAUCCGGGGAUGAGGGCCUAUUUGGAGAAUCUGGCGCCAGAGCAGCAGCAACAGCAGCAGCAGCAGCAACAACAACAAGAACAAGAACAUCAGCAACAGCAACAGCAGGAGCAGCAACAGAUUGAUGUCGGUCCCGUUGUUUCUGAUGUUGCCACCGUAGUUACGGAAGUUAAACCCGAAGGCGUUCUCGCUGCGGACGACGGGCUAGCAUCGAAAUUUGAUGCGGCUUUUGAUGCGAUUAUUGGAAGAGGGGCGCAGAAGGCCGUACCCGUGGCAGCGGUGCAGGAGGCUGAGAACAUGCUGGAAGAUAACUCAUUCGGUGACGUGCAGAUGGAUGAUAUGGUUGCGGCAUUGGAGAUGGAAGCUGCAACUACAAGUGAAGAAGAACAAGCUGCAGGUUCCGGAGGCUUUACAGUUGAAUAUCUGGAGCAACUUAUCGAGGCUGGUGAUAUGUCGCUUGAAGACAUUGCAGCUCUGGAAGCGGCUUUAAGAGAUGAAGAGGAGGAGCAGGCUGGAGAACUCGAAGAUUCGCCGGGUGAUGAGACUAUUGUCGGAGUGGUGGGUGAAGAUGGAUUGCCGAUUUCUUCAGAGGCGGUGGAGGCGGUAACGGAUGUGAUGGGCGAUGAUGGGAUGAGAGAGUUGGAUUUGGCGCUACAGGAGCUACAUUCGGACCAAACGGACAUUUCGGAUCUACAUCAGCAUUUGGAGAUUAUGUCGCCCAAUACGAGGGAUCAAUUUCUCGCAACGAUUAUGGGACACGAUGGUGCGGCGGGAAUUGAUGAAAUGGUCUUGGAUGCGGCAGUUUUGGAUGGCAUCGCGCAAGAAGUCGGGAUCCCGGGACUUGAGGAUGAAGAAAUGGGUAAUGGUGGGGAUGAUACCGUUGUCCUUGAUGCCAGUGGUGAUGCCGAAGGUGGUGAGGGCGACGAGGGCGAUGAGGGCGCUGAUGGUACGGAGGGUGCAGAAGGUGCAGAAGGGGAUGUGGCAGCUAGUUUCUCGGAGUUUUUGGAAGGGGCGGGGAUCAAACUCGACGACUUGAACGAGGAUCAGCUUCAAAGGUUUAUCAAUGCAGUCGAUGGUAUUGGGGAUAUCGAGGAGACAUUGGCGGAAAUUUUGGCGGAGAUACAAGCUACGCAGGGAAGCCAUGAGGGACUACCAGAAACCGAUUUACCGAAUCAACUAGAGCAACAGCAAUUGCUGCCACCACCCCAUGAGCAUGAACAACAGUACCAACAGCCAGAAGGACAAGUAAUCCCAUUGACCCAAGACGACAGCAUGAUGGAUAUGACGGCGGGGGCAAGUGGUGAGGAUGAUGAGAUGUACGGAGACGGGGAAGACUAUGACGACGACGAGGAUCUGGAUCUUACGCCUGACAUCAUGAGAAUUAUAUUACAAUCGUCUGGGUUGGGAUUACACGACUCAUCAGGCCUUCCCGGAACGGACCAGACGCUUCAACCAUCUUCUUCUUCAUCAUCUGCCGCGACAUCUACGGGACAGUUACAGUUACCUCACCAAAUUCCAAAACCUUCGCAUCAGAGAGUUUCUACAGCGACUACUGCUGUUGGUCAAGCCAGACCGUCAAGCUAUGCGUAUAGCCCUGCGAGGUAUUCGUAUAGUGGGUAUACAGCUACUCCCGGUGGAUAUGGGUAUCAGAAACGACCGGAGGUACAGGUUUUACCGCCGGGAUAUAGUGCUUACUCCCGUCCUCCUCCCGCACCUCCGGUUCAAGAGAGGAUUAUCGACUUUGGACAUUUGAUUAAGCCGUUGAGCUAUAAGCCCAAGAAGGCUGAGGUGAAGGAGGAGGAUAAGGACGGGGCUGCUGCUAGUGAGAAUGCUAAUGCUGCCGGCGUCAAUGGCAGUAACGACAGCGGGGAUAAAAAGAAGAACGGGUGGGCGGAAAUCUUCAAGUUUGAGAUCCCGAUUCCUAGCUUUUUGGGUAGAGGUGGGAGAAGACCUAGUGAGCAGGAGAGGAUGGAAGAGGAGAGAAAUGUCAGGGCUAUGGGUUAUCCGCCGAUGGCGUCGGAGUUGAAGAUGUUGAUUUCUUCUUCUUCAUAA